AUGCUGCUGGUGUUACUGGUAUCGUCGUUGCUAUGGCUACUGAAUUUAUGCAAUGCUGCGGUGAUUCUCAGCAAGAGGGAGGAGUCUCUUGAUUCUCUGCCAGGAACACAAUACGAUGGCACAGGCACCUACUACGAUACUGGCAUGGGCUCAUGUGGCAAGAAGGAUACCAAUGACGAGCUGAUUGUCGCCAUCAACAAGGCACAAAUGGGCAACGGACCUAAUCCCAACGCCAAUCCACAUUGUGGGAAAUACGUCGUUGUCCAAGGCACGAAUGGAAACAUAAAAGCAAAGAUAGAGGAUACAUGUCCAACUUGUGGCAGUGGUAGCUUGGAUUUAUCUCCAGCAGUGUUUGAAGCAGUGUGUGGCGAUGAGAGCAAGGGCAAAUGUGCUAUUCAUUGGAAGUUUACAUAA